GUUCACUGUGACGUUCCAGGUCGACUGCUGCUCUCGGCGAGAACAUGGUUCGCUGCGCUGCGAAGCUCGUCUCCCCCUUUUUGGGGCUGUGGCUGCUGCUCUGCAGCUGCUGGUGCCCUGGGAGCGCCGAGCUGCGGGCCCCGCCGGAUAAGAUCGCGAUUGUUGGAGCUGGAAUUGGUGGCACUUCAGCAGCCUAUUAUCUGCGGCAGAAGUUUGGGAAAGAUGUGAAGAUUGACCUGUUUGAAAAAGGAGAGGUGGGGGGCCGUUUGGCCACCAUGACUGUGCAGGGGCAAGAAUAUGAGGCAGGAGGCUCUAUCAUCCAUCCUUUAAAUCUGCACAUGAAGCGUUUUGUCAAGGACUUGGGUCUCUCUACCACCCAGGGCUCUGAUGGCCUAAUGGGGGUGUAUGAUGGAGAGAGUCUGGUGUUUGAGGAGAGCCACUGGUUUAUAAUUAACAUGAUUAAACUAGUUUGGAACUAUGGACUUCAGUUCUUCCGAAUGCACAUGUGGGUAGAGGAUGUAUUAGACAAAUUCAUGAGGAUCUACCGCUACCAAUCUCAUGACUAUGCCUUCACUAGUGUAGAAAAGAUGCUGCAUGCUCUAGGAGGGAACGAUUUCCUUGGAAUGCUCAACCUAACCCUUCUUGAAACCCUGCAGAAAGCAGGCUUCUCUGAGAAAUUCCUCAAUGAAAUGGUUGUUCCUGUCAUGAGGGUCAAUUACGGCCAAAGCUUGGACACCAAUGGCUUUGUGGGGGCAGUGUCACUGGCUGGUGCUGAAUCUGGCCUUUGGGCAAUAGAAGGUGGUAAUAAACUUGCUUGCUCAGGGCUCCUUCAGGCAUCCAAAAGCAACCUUAUAUCUGGCUCAGUAAUGUACAUAGAGGAGAAAAUAAGGACCAAGCAGACAGGAGGCCCCACAAAGAUGUAUGAAGUGGUCUACCAAGCUGGAUCUGAGACCUAUUCAGACUUCUAUGACAUUGUCUUGGUGGCCACUCCAAUGAAUCGAAAAAUGUCCAACAUAACCUUUCUCAACUUUGAUCCUCCAAUCGACGAAUUCCAUCAACACUACCAACAUAUAGUGACAACUUUGGUUAAGGGGCAGUUGAAUUCCUCAAUCUUUAGCAAUAGAGCCAUAGAUAACUUUGGUCUUACUUCAGUCUUAACCACUGAUCAUCCAGGUAUGUUCUUUAACAGCAUUGCGAUUGUGUCCCCUGUAAGAGAACAGGCUAAUCCUGAACCAUCAACAGAUGGGACACAUGUUUGGAAGAUCUUUUCCCAAGAAACUCUUACUAAGGAACAAAUUUUAAAGCUCUUUUUGUCCUAUGAUUAUGCUGUGACGAAGCCAUGGCUUGCAUAUCCUUACUAUAAGCCUCCAGAGAAAUGCCCCUCCAUCAUACUCCACGACCGACUGUAUUACCUCAAUGGCAUCGAGUUUGCAGCAAGUGCCAUGGAAAUGAGUGCCAUUGCAGCCCACAACGCCGCGCUUCUUGCCUAUCACCGCUGGAAUGGGCACACGGAUAUGAUAGACCAAGAGGACUUAUAUGAGAAACUUAAAACUGAACUAUGAAAUAACACCAUCACAUUUCCCUUUCUAUUUCAAUGGAGUAUCAAUGGGAAAAAACAAAACAAAACAAAAAACACAACAAAACCUGAGCAGAGAUGACUUUGAAUCUGAUAUUUUGCCAUUAUCAUUGUUUAACAAAAGUAAUACCUGUGGGUCAUGAGAAAAUACAAGGUUCUAAUUAUGAUGGUAUAACAAUUGCACUUUUGCCAUCUACAACAUUUCUUAACUUUUCUUGCAAUCUCCAUUAUCAGUGUUCCCCAAACUAAGGUGAUCAUAAGAAAUCACCUACAGUUUGCUAAACAUAUGGAUUCUCAAGCUGCUGUCUUGGAAAUUCUGAUUCAGGUCUGAGUGUAGGGCCCUGGAUUUUGAAGACCUUACAGUAUUUUAAACUGAGCACUUGAGGAAGUAUGAGUGGCUGGAUAUCCCUCUUUGUUGGACAUUAGGACAUUUGAGCUUCACAGCCUGACAUGGUCUUCAGUUAGAUCAAAACUAUGGGAGCUGGUAUCUUAUGUCUGAUUAAAUGUGCCCAUGCCUAAAGUGUUGACUUUCAGAGUGUUAUAUUUUGAUUGCUUCUGUCAACUUUUAUUAGGGGUGAAAUUCAGAAGUCUUACUAGUACAACUUUAAGAUGUCAUUCAGAAAUCUCACGUACAAUGAAAAGCAAAUAUGGGUUAUUUAAGAAAUCGGCAUUCUUUAAUCAAAUCCUCCUUUGAGGAGCUUUUAAAAAUACUGUUAGUCCCCCAUCACCAGAGAAUCCGAUUAAAUGGAUUGGGGAUGGGGCCUUGGCAUUGUAGUGUCUUGGAGUUCCUGAGGUGAUUCUAACACAUAGCCAUAAAGUACUAUUCAUGAACUCAGUGAAUAUGUUAUGGGCAGCAAUCUCACUACCCUUCUCUACUUUACAAAGAAUGAACCACAAUACACUGCAAUGUUUUUCUCUGGAAUCCUGUUUGUACUCUUGUAUUCAAAAAUUUUUUCCCACUUAAUUACAUUAAAAACAAAUGAUAUCAUUA